AUGGGAGCUAAUCGCGAGCGUGCUCAGCGCAACCUGUACGUCCUUAAUCUUCCUCUGGAUGCUACGACCGAGCAAUUCCAAGAGCUCUUUGCCCAGCUUGGCUCGGUAGAACAUGCCGUAAUUCUGGCUACCCUCGACCAUGCGGCUCGCCGACGCGGCUUCAUCCUCAUGUCGGAUCCUUCUCAAGCUAGAGCUGCCAUCGAACACCUCAACGGGCUCCAAUGGCACAAUUAUCGUAUCGAAGUCUCUUUCGCCAUUGUCCAGAGAAGCGGUACGCCCUUCUCUUACGAAACUUCAGAUACCAACAUCGAGGAGAGGCCGUUGCAACCAGACACGAUCAGCGCAGGCCACCAGAUGAAUCUCCAGCCUCUCGAACACCGGCAACUGACCCAACGCGGCCACAAUGUCUCCGAGAUUCACCAAGCGUAUCAGGGAAGGGAUGACUCCAUACUCUUGCUCGAUGGCCUCGAUACCGAUGUCGUUGCGUCGCCUAGCAUGGUUAGAGCCUUGACUGAGCCCUUUGGAGAUGUUGUUGACCUUCGUCACACCGAAACGGGAGAUAAUACUACGCGCAGAUUGAGUGUUCUGGUCCAAUACUGCUGCUCCUCGAGUGCCGCUCUGGCCCGCCUCUCCCUACACGGUCUGAUUGUUGGCGCGAAUCGAAUACUAGCAACAGAUGCUCCACCUUGGUCAUCUGUCGCCUGCGCACCUUACGACAGGGCGAGCAGAGGUGCGGCUGGUACUGGCUCGGGCCCGAUCGAGCCUGGGUACGGGUACGGGGUGGUGUCAAACAUUCGCGACCAAUGGACCUCCGUAUCGCAACCGCAGUUAUCACUUCGCAUGACUCCAAGCCCAGAUGAAGUGACGACUAGCACCAGGAACCUGGUGCACGUUGAUCAACAGUCAGAUGCACAUGGCUGGGGCCCUUACUUCGAGUCCUGGCAAAGCAGUUACUCGCUCGAUACUCCAAGUAGCAACGACUGCAAGGAUCCCGUUUUCGUUGAGAAGGUAGGCCAGGAGAUGAUGAUCAGAGCAAAGCGCGCUAACCUGCUUGAGCUGGGCGCGUUUUGUUCAUUCGUGAUUCGUGAUUGA